UCCCAUGUGACAACACGCAGAAAAUGGCGAAUGAGAAUUUUGCUGAAUUCUUGAACAAACUCAAGGAAAUGCAUGAGAAGGAAGUCCAAGGCCUGCAAACAAAACUGAACGAGCUAACCAACGAGAAAUGCCGAGAUACCCAGAGAAUAGAAGAGCUCUUCGCCAAAAACCACCAGCUACGAGAACAGCAGAAAGUCCUAAAAGACAAUGUGAAGGUGUUGGAAAACAGGUUACGAGCUGGUCUCUGUGACAGAUGCCAAGUGACUCAAGAGCUCGCGAAGAAGAAGCAGCACGAAUUUGGGAAGGCCCAUUUCCAGAGCCUCCAACACAUCUUCAUUCUCACCAAUGAAUUGAAUAAGAUGCGGGAGGAGAACAAGAGGCUGAAGGAAGAGCUGAAGCGGUGCUGCAGCACGGAGGGCAGGCCAAAGCCCCCAAGGGUGUUAUCCAGAGAUGGGAGCUCCACCCCCGAAUCGCCUUUGCCCUUGCUGUCCCCACGGAACCAAAAAUCUAGCCCCGAGAAAGCUGCGAAUCUCGAACUAGAAGAGACGUAUCAUCAGUCACCAAGACAGAGAAGCUCUCCAGGUAUCAGGAUGUCUCCGAACACCAUUUUCCAGGGAGAAUAUGUUCCAGAGAUGACUUCUCAGAAGAUAGCAAACCAGCUGCAUGGAACAAUUGCCUUAUUAAGUCCCGCCUUGAGGUCCAGCUCUCAGGAAAGAGACUGCGCCGGAAAUGCAAGCCCACCCCCCGGGAACAAAACCCCGCCCUCCCCUCAGCCGGCUCGAAGUCCCAGCUUUGAAGCUUAUGCAAGAGCAAACAAAAUAGAUGCCCACGACAUCGCAGCAUCCUACGAAACACUGAAGCUGGCCGCCAGGAAAGAGCAGCUCUGUCUCCUCAAUCAGCACCUUGCCCUCCACCAUCUUGGUCUUCGGAAAAACUCCGGAAGCCGGGAUGGCGCUUUCCCUCACCACUUGUUCAUGGCCAGGGAAGUGGGAGGCAAAACGCGGCUGCAGGACGAGUGGGAAGACCAGGCCUCCAUCUUGGAUCUCCCGGGGGCUAUGAUGUACAUGAAGGACCACCAUCUUGAGAGCAGGCUCCCCUUUCUUCAUCACCAAGAGAAGCUCCAGUAUCUACUGGCGCAACAAGAAGAACUGAAGGCCAGAAUGGAGGUCAGCUUCAAUCCUUCCCAAGACAGAUCCCCCUCUCCGUCGCUGACAGGGGAUAAGGAAUGCAAAAAGGAGAAGCAGUUUUGGGACGAUCCCGACGAUGGGGUUAGAGAGAAAUUGAGCCUAGCUAAUAGGGAAGACCUGGAGCAAACAGAGAAGGCGGAAGCCAUGAGGGAGUAUUUCACUGAAGCACCUCUGGACCUAUCAGAUUAUGGAAGAGGAAGGGAGAACCAGAAGGCGGCUAAAUGGCAACAGCUCCCUAUGAAACGUGAGGCUGAGAGUCCCAGUCGAGAGCCGCAGGGAAGCCCUAGUCUUCAGAAGACCUGCUCCUCCAACCAGCUCCAAGUAGCUAGGCAUCUCCAGGAGAGCAAAGAGUCAGAGAAGCUCAUUAUCAAAGCCCAAGAGGACAUAGCAGCAUCUUUGAUUUCUAUGGUACAAGAACUUCCCGUUUCCAAGACGGCAUCGAGUGACAUGGCUGCUGAUCUAGACAUGAAGAUACCUUUUGGUGCAGAGAAGCAAGGAACAGAUGAACCAGAUGAUGCCGAUUCAGAAUCCAUGAAGGAAGAAUCUGAUGAACCCAGCACAUCGGACAGUGAGGUGACUGGUAUGGGGGACGACGAAAGCUUCCAAGGUGCUUCCGUGAAAGAAAAAUAUUGCAGUCUAAAGGAGAACCACCAGGCACUGGCAAAGAAGAGGAAGCGGGGAAAAGAUUCGUGGCACAAAGCCUGUAAGAAAUCAGUAAGAGACAGAAGGUAUGGCAAAAUUUCCCAGGUUCCAGACGAUGCUCAGGAAGUGACACCGGAGAGCAAAAACCAGAGCCCUGUUUCCAGUCACAACAAUGAUGUCAUUAGAGAGACAUAG